GGCGAUCGCGAGUCGUGUGAAUCCAUUCGUGUGCAGUGCUGGUGGUCCCACGGCUAUCUUCGCGGAUAAUCGUUUAUCCGAGAAACCGGGUGCACGAUCCGCGAACGCGACGACAAGGGUCGAGCUGGACUUUCGUCGAAAGCGUGCAGUAUAUAGCCGGCAAGACGAAGCUCAAAAUGCCACUGAGCACAAGUUCGAAGAAGUCAUUAUGCGUACUGCCUGAAGAUGUUAUUCACGAGAGAAAAAGCAAUCAUGCUGCCCUCACACCAUUGGAAGACAUGUCUGCAGGACGAGGGCAGGCAGGUGGAGGGCCUCCUCAGAAUUGUCAGAAGGUUUUUGUACAGCGUGACUAUAGCGAAGGAACGAUGGUUAAAUUUCAAACGCGAUUUCCGACAGAAUUGGAAAGUAGACUGGACAGACAGUUGUUCGAGUACACGAUCAAUCAGUUGAACAACUAUUUCGCGGAAGCGGAGCGUGCCAGCUGUUCUACCUAUUGCGAGAGCUGCCUAUACUGUCUCACGGGUUAUCUGAUAAGCAUAUGUACCGAGACGCAUUAUGAGAAAUGUCUACGCAAAAUUGCCAAAUUUGUCAGCGAGCAGAAUGAUCGGGUGUACAAGCCGCGCGGCCUUCUAUUAACGGAUCCAACGACCCGCGGAUUUAGGCUAAUAGAGAUCUCGGUACUGGAUAGACCUGCGUCGUGACUGCAUAUUAGCCGAUCCAGGGAGUUCUUCAUGUGACCCCCCGCGCAGCACUCUGGACAUUACCUCGUCAGAAUCACGGACAUGCACGCGCUCGUGAGUGCCUGUCGGCACGAUUACGGGGCAUACCGAUUGGUUUGAGUCGGUUGCGCAGUGUGCAGGAAUUCUGUGAGGCUAGAAAGAAUUAACGAUGAUAUCUUGUAGGCCGCAGGUCGCUCAGGUGCAUCUUGCACGAUUAAUCUUGCCGAAUACGCGCGCAAUGAGCUGAAACUCUCUUGCAUCGGGUCAAACUUAGUCGUACUUAGUCCUAAAAUAUCGUAAUAACGAUAAAAUACGUGUGUGAAAAUCCGCUGGAAACGGAAGUAUGUAGGAGCGAACGAUUCGUGAAGAUUUCAUUGUCGUAGAUUUACCUAUCAAUCUAAUUAAAAUAACAAGCUUACACAAAGUUGGCCUAAUUGCGACGAGAGAGUCUCGCGUUCAUUGGCGUUCGUGGUGUCUCGAUCCUAAACGGCAGCUUUUCGAGGGAGAGAGAAAGCAUGCAUCGAAGCGCGUGGAUGUGUAACGAAGCCGUGGCACUUAUAUAAGUUCAAUUUUCUAUAUGCGUACAGAACAUGUAACAUACGAAAGUAUAUAUGAAGUGUACGUGGCGAAUCAAAGAUUGCGGAGAAGGAAAAAGUAAUUUCGUUGUUUAUACUCGAAUAUGUGAUUGAACAAUCGAAUUGUUUAUCGCGAGCCGCUACUUUGACUCGUCAUGUAUACGAUGGGGUCUACAUAUUUUUUUACUGUUCAUUUAUGACUUUAUCGUAUCAUCUGCAUUUAAUUAACGAGACGUGAAUGAAAUGCGUGUUUGCGUGAAUUAUUUAAUGAAAUGAUAGCAUUCGAUUUUAACGUUUAUGGUGCGUGUGUUUUGUUCAUUCCACCGAAAAACCUAACCGAAAACUUCAAUGAGUUUCGUUCUCGAUGAACGCUCAAACGAAUGAUUCCGAAUUCUUCUCAUCUUCCGCGAUGUAUCUUCCAUUGCGCUUAUGUAUCCGCGUGCAAAAAAACAUAAGUCAUUUCGCAUAUUUACGUGCAUAUAUCGGUUGUGGUGUUUCGGCGCGAAUGGAUGCCUCUCGACAACAAAAAACGAUGGAAUUUGAUCGAAAUUAUACAAGCACUCGUUGCGCUAUUAGGGAAACCCGAGGAUUGGCUAAAAAAUAAAAAAAAAAUAAUAUACAUAAACGCCGUGAUACAAAAAGUAGAUUACGAAUUCAAAUCGAUUGGCAUUGUGAUCAAGGAUUAGCCGAAACCAUUUGCGAUACAGCGCGAGAUAUUUCAUACGUCACUUUAGUCCGCUCUCUUAGUGGAAACUGAACGCCCGUUGGCUAUCGUCGCCGAUCUCCGUACGCGAGUCCUCGAGAUCCGCUCGCGAUAUACUGGAUAUUUUCGCUACUCUGUUAAUUAGUUGUAAAUGAUGAUCUCAAACGAUACAACGACGCAACACCAUGUCUAUACAUUUACUUUCUUUUAUUCGCACUUUGGGAGCCUAAAGUGUCGCAACAAAGGUCGUCAGGAACAAUACAAUUUUCUUUGGCACAGCAUUACUUGAUCAAGCAUUGGCAUAGAUCGUCGAACCAAGUUUAGAUUGCGAUUCUCGAUUUACGAUAUACUUAUCGCGGUAUCGCAUACAAAUGGCGAACGAUCUCUCUCGUUCUUGAUCACAAUGCUCGCGGAGCGCCUGUCUGACGUUGUAAUGCGACGUAUUGCUAAAAGAAUCUUGCCAAAUCAGCGUGUCACUGCCUCUGCGUACGAUUUCCUAGCGCGGACGAGCGUGUAGAAAAAAAAACCUCGUACGAGCCGGAGAGCAUCAAAGAGAGAAAGAGAGAUAGAUAGAUAGAGAGAGAGAGAGAGAGAGAGAUGACUGAAGGAGACCCGUCGAUUUUUCCAAACGAAAGAAAGAUGAUUUCUAAUACAGGAAGCGAUAUUAUGGAAAGGCUUUCUUUUUAUUGCCCAAUUCUUUUACACGUCGCAAUAUGACGUACAUGGUGCUCUGACUACAUGCAACAUAUGUGUAUGUUUGCAUAUAAUGUAUAUAUAGCGAAUUAAUCGUCGACACACGAAGUAUAAAAGAAAAGGAAGCAAAUCGUUGUUUAUACUUAAUUUAAUUUAGUAGGACCAAUAUUGGAUUGAUGAGAGAUCCGUAAGAUGUAAAGGACACCAUCGUGUUACGAAUGUAAUUUCUAAAUGUUUUAAUAAUUAAAACGGCGUAAGAGCUCAUAUAUAUCUUGCUUUGGAGGCUAUUUUUAAUUCCCCGUCGAUAAUUUGACACGUAGCAUUAAUGAACAUAUCAAUAUGGUCUAUAUAUAAUAUAGUCUUCAUACUUUUACGAUUCUAUUUAUAUAAGCAUAUUAAUAUGAUUCAUGGUAACAUAUUUAAAAAACCCGCCCGCAGAGUUUGCAAAAUUUACCAUGCACUAUGUCCUCUCAAACAUCGUGACCAGUGGAGAAAGCAGAUGGCGUUGCUUCGAUAUUUCGAGAAUCGCAAGCACCACUUCUCGACGGACUUCAAAUCGUAGUCAGUCACGGAACGCGUCGCGGCGGAUCACAACGGCUCUGUAUAUCUUCCGCGAUAGUUAUCACUUAAAAGCGAAUCUCGCGCGCGAAAAGUUAUCGGGAGUGUUUUAUAAAGCGUUUGUUAUAUGAAUAUUAAGUGCGACCGAUAUUAUACGUCAGUAUCGCGAUCUCGGUAACUGCGAUCCGUCUCGUUGUCGCGUAUCAUUACAUCGCGUUACUUUCCCGCCAAAGUGCAGCCAACGUGUUAGCAUCGGAAUCCAUUCCUGCGUGCUGUCCAGUGCCGUCCUGCAUGAAAUUCAUCGAGAUUGGUCGAAUCAUCUUCAAAUCAUUCUUCAAAACCAUUUUCUGCCCAAGUACAUACAUAGCGAAAGCGCAACGAAUGUACCAGGUAUGUGUUAUCAUCAGGUAUGUGUUAUAUUUCCAUAUUAUCAUUUAUAUAAACAUUUUGAAAUUGUAAAUGGAAAUUGCAAAAAAUAUAUUAAAUGUAUACUUUUGCGUGGGACCAAACCUGAGCCGAUGUCCGUUAUUACCGAUGAUUGGCGAUAUCAAGGCUUUCCUCCUUGAGAGACAACAGAAAAGAUAUUUGAUAAUUGGAAAGCUUUACAGAAUUUUUGAUAAUAUUUUAUUUUAGACAAUUUAAAAUCUAAACUCUUAGGAGGCUCAUUAAUUAUAAUGAUGAUAGAAAAAAAUUAACAAUUAAUUUUUCACGAGCUUUUAAACGGUAUUUUCUCCAGAUAACAAUAUUUAAUUUUUUUAUUAAAAUAAUGACAAUAGAAAUAAAUUAAUAUUCCUAAAAUAAAUUUUUUUUAACAAUAUUUCUUUUAAUAUUUUUUCAGAUUUUGUAAUAGUAAACUUUUUGUAUUAAAAUAAUGCGUUUUUUAUUAAAAUAAUGAUUUUCGAAUAAUAUUCUGCUAAAACAAGAUUUAAAUAAAAAUAGUGUAUUUAUAAGAAUCGUAUUCGUAAGAAUUAUACUUUACUAUGUUAUUGUGUAAAGGGUUUAAAAUAAUUUGACACAUUCGCGCGGUUUGAGCACAUCCAGAUUUUAUUUGACCGUGUGCAACAAUUUCUGAUAGGCAUAUUGAUUCGCAGCUAUAUCAAAAGACUAGAAACCAGUCUCACUUUCGUGUUGCUUAACUCUCAGACUCACAUCCGAAAACGCAAUGCGCUUGAGAAAUUCUGUAGGAAGUAACACCGAUUUCGCAAAUUUACGCGCAAAUUUUCCAUCCGAGAUAUCUGUCGUUUAAUUUAAUUGAUACGAUAACGCGAAUAAAAAAAAAAA